AUGCCCUCCCCCAUUCACAAGGGCGAUCCAGUACUGAUUCGGACCAUCAGCAUCCUCGACGCCUGCUUGGCUACAAUCCAAGGUCAGGUCAACUCGUGCCUGUCCACCGACUACGGCUGCCUCUGCACCCAAUACCAGAACCUGCUCACCUGCUACAACAACUGCCCUGCCGACCCGGGCGUUUCGACCGUCCAGCAACAACGUGAACAGUACUGCGCUGCCGCGUCCGCGUACCCUUCGUCCACAAGCACCCCUGCCACGACCGGUUCGGCCACCUCGUCCGUUCCCUUGACCAACCCAACUGCAACCACAUCUUCCGAGGCUGCCGUCCAGAGUGGCUUUGCGACAGGCUCUGGCUCGGCCAGCGCAAGUGCUACCGACAGCGCGGACUCGAGCAAUAGCGCUUCUGGUCUUUCAGUCGGAGGAAGCCUCGUCGCCGUGGCUCUCGCCGGACUGGGAUACAUCUUGUAA